GUGCAAACAUAGGUAAGGUAAAGGGUCAUCAAUGAAACUAGAAAUGAAUCAACGACAGAAGAAGAAGGUCUCUCAGGGCAAAAAAAGAUAUCAUGAAGCUACCAGGAAGAAUGAAGCUCACCCCAAAGCGUCCCCACAACCUCAGAAACCAGUGGAGAGUAAACUAGUGAAGACUGCAGUGGUAGAUGAGUCAUUCAGUCGUAAGAAAAAUGAGAGUGAUGAUCAGCCAGGCAAGAGCUUUAGCAAGAGGAAGAUUGCUAGCAACUGGAGUCGGUAUGAAGAAGCCAUAGGUGAUGACGGGAACGGGCACCACCAUUUACGCAGUUCUGAAACCGAAGAGGAGCUACAACAGCGACUGCUGCAACUCUUCAAUCUACCCACUCAAUUGCCCUCCACGUUUAAUGAACCAAAUCAUUUCAUGAUUGACCCUAAAGAGAGCACUAACUAUAUCACCCUUGACUGCAACAAACUAGCCGAGUCCCUAGCUAUCAUCCCCCUUCAUGAUCGCCUUGAUUUGAAUGUAGAACUACUUGAAAUGGGAGGCUACUCUACAGCAACUAGCAGCCAAGAGGUUACCAAGGAUACUCUCUCUGAGACUGAACCUCGAGAAACAACUCAAAGAGAGCCCCUUCAAGUCAAAGCCAUGGACAAGCAUAAGAAGCAAAGUGAGCCACUCAAAGAGUCAGAACUUACGAAACAAACAACAUCCGUUGCUCCAUCUCAUACUCGAACACUUCCCACUCCUACUACAGUCAAACAAUCGAUUGUAGUAGCCACUGUUUCAGGCCACACAGUUGAGCGCAGUGCUGGAUUAGAUAACAGUGAAUUGGAUAGCCUCCUAGCCAACGUUAGUGGUGGUGGCGGUGAGAUGGACCCACAAACUGGCACUCAUGAAACAGAUGAAUUGGACGAUAUUCUGGACGAGUUGUUGGCAUGAUCUUAUUAUAUAUGAAAUGCUUCAAACUAAUAAUCAGUUAAUUUCUCA